UCCUCCCACCCCAGGGUCCUAGGCCCGGCCAUGUUCGCAUUGUCUUCUUACUGGCGGUUGGGGCACAUUCGAGGUAUAUGGCGCCCCUCAAAGUGCUGCUGGGCCCCUUAUAGGGAGAAGUAGAGAUCCUGAAAGCCAAGAACCGCUAGGACAACACCGCGGAAACAGGGCACUUCCAUCAUGGCGUCGGUAAAGGUGGAGCCCCCGGGAGAAGUCGAGGUGGAGCUGGAGCCGGACAUGGCCGGUUUCGUGCAGUCCGGCCGUCGCUUCCGCUGCUUGAGCUGCCGGAAAACGUUCCCUAACAAGCCGCGGGCCCAGCGGCACUGCCGGGCUCACGCUGCCGGAGGAACGGCCCCACCGCCUAACCCCGGCAAACCGGUACCGAGAGCCGAGCAGCGGCACCAGUGCCAGCGCUGUGACAAGUCCUACAAGUCUGCGUCGUUGCUGAGGAGCCAUGCCCGCAGCCACACGGGAGAGAAGCCCUUCGUGUGCAAAGAGUGCGGCAAAUCGUUCAUGCAGCCCAUAUGCCUGCGGGUCCACAUGGCCACCCACAGCGGGCAGCUCCCCUUCCCCUGCGGGCAGUGCGGAAAAGCCUACGCCACUCCUUCCAAGCUACGGAUCCACCAGAGGCUGCACACCGGCGAGCGCCCCUUCACCUGCGCGGACUGCGGCAAAGGCUUCGCCGACCCCUCCGUCUACCGAAAGCACCGACGGAGCCACGCCGGGCUGAGGCCUUACCAGUGCCAGCUGUGCCAGAAGACCUACAGCGAGCUCAAGGACCUGAAGAACCACGAGCGGAGCCACACGGGGGAGAAGCCCUUCCUGUGCUCCGACUGCGGCAAGGCGUUCUCGCGCGCCUCUUCGCUCACGUGCCACCAGAGGAUCCACGCCCCCGAGAAGCCCUACAAAUGCCCGAUAUGCGAGAAAGACUUUACCCAGCUGUCGUCCUACCAGAGCCACCAACGCACGCACUCCGGCGAGAAGCCCUACCUGUGCCCCCAGUGCGGACGGAUGUUCUCCGACCCGUCCAGCUUCCGCCGGCACCAGCGAGCGCACCAGGGCGUCAAGCCCUACCAGUGCGAUAAAUGCGGCAAGCCCUUCCGCCAGCCGGCCGACCUGGCGAUGCACCAGCGCAUCCACACGGGCGAGAGGCCCUUCCGCUGCCCGGACUGCGAUAAAACCUUCGUGGCGUCGUGGGAUUUGAAGCGCCACCGCUUGUCGCACAGCACCGAGCGGCCCUUCCAGUGCCAGGAGUGCGGGAAAGGUUUCGCCGAGCGCUCGGGGCUCAGCAAGCACCAGCGUUCACACAGCGGAGAGAGACCCUUCAAGUGCCAGGAGUGCGGGAAGACCUUCGUGGUGUCGUCCAGCCUGAGGAAGCACGAACGCACCCACCAAAAGGCCGAGCGGGAGCCGAGCAGGAAGAAGGACGAGGCCACCACCUGCCAUAAGUGUUCCCUGACCUUCCCCAGCAUGAUGGAUCUUCGCAAUCACCAGAGGAUUCACCCCGAGCUGCGGCCCUUUCGCUGCGACCGCUGUGACAAGGGCUUCGUGGACAGGGCCGGCCUGAAGAAACACCAGAGGAUACACAGCGACGUCCGGCCCCAUGUCUGCGCUCACUGCGGCAAGGGCUUCCUGGUGCCCUCCGACCUGCGCAAGCACCAACGGACACAUUCCAAGGAGAACCGAGAGAAGAAGGAGGAGGACGAGGAGCAGAUGACCACGCUGACCCUGCACCCCGCGCCCGUCGAACCUCCUCCCCUGUUUGAUCCUUUGGUGUCCUUUCUGGAGAAAGUGGCAGAAGGUGACAUGGAGGGGAUCGACCCCUCGCCGUCAUCUAACUAGCCCCCGACCGUGAUGGUGUCCUGCUCUCUGCCCCUUC